AUGGGCCUUGAAAGAUUCCUCGUGCUGGCCAGCGUCCUUGCGCCGGUAUGGCUCGUUCUUUACUACGUUCUCCCCUAUUUCACGACCUACAAACACCUUCAACACAUUCCCGGGCCCGUGGUCGCCAAGUUCAGCAAUAUCUGGGUGGCUUUGGGAGCGCGGAAUGGCAAGAAGUUUGCGUGGGUGGAUUGGGCUCAUCGCAAGUAUGGUCCAGUAGUGAGAAUUGGCUUCAACCAUGUCUCGAUUGCACAGCCGGAAGGUCUGCAGACUGUCUAUGCGCAUGGAAAUGGCUUUCUCAAAGACCACUUCUACGAAGCGUUUGUUUCAGGUGUGCCCGGGGUCUUCAACGUGCGAGAUCGAGUCGAGCACACUCGCAAGCGCAAAAUCAUUGCCCAUGCCUUUUCUCCGGGCGCAGUCCACGCAUUCGAGACACAUAUGGCCGACAAUCUCCGGCGCUGGAUAAGGCAACUCGAUCGCAUCGCCUCGUAUCCUACCAAGAGUAACGGCUUCGCUCAGAUCAACAUGAUGCCUUGGUGUACCUACAUUGCGUUCGACAUCAUCGGAGAUCUUGCUUUUGGAGCUCCAUUCGGCAUGGUCGACAAGGGUCGUGAUGAGUGCGAGGCCCAGCUUGAGCCUCAUGGUCCCAUAGUGCUGGCUCCAGGUGCCGAGACACUCAAUCGAAGAGGAGAAGUCAGCUCGACGUUGGGUUUGAUGCUGUCCCUUCGACCGUGGGCAAAGUAUCUGCCGGAUCCAUUCUUCUCCAACGGCCUCAAGUCAGUCAAGAACCUUCAUGGGAUCGCUGUUGCCGCCGUAUCAAAGCGAUUGGACGCAAACGAGAAGGCGGAGAAGGGUCAGAAGCAGCGAAACGACAUCCUCGACAUGUUGGUCCAAGCCAAAGAUUCGAAAGGAAAUCCCAUGCCACGGGAUGAACUCAUCUCGGAAGCUCUUACGCAGCUGAUCGCAGGCAGUGACACCGUCUCGAACACUGCUUGUGCCGUCUUUUACUGGAUCCUGCAUGGCGAACGUGCUGCUCCAGGGACCAUCAUCCCGCGACUGCAGGCUGAGCUUGAUGCGGCAAUUCCAGAGUCUGCUGACAUCGCAUCACACGCUGAAGUCAAGAGCCUUCCGUUCCUGAGGAGGUGCAUCGAUGAGGCCAUAAGAUUGCACUCCACAUCGGCUAUCGGCCUUCCGAGGAUCGUAACGUCGGCGACUGGAGUACAACAUCAAGACACGCUCUUUCCAACUGGCACGGUACUCUCAGUGCCGAGCUACACCAUCCAUCACGAUGCCGAAGUUUGGGGAGAUGAUGUGGACGAGUUCAAGCCAGACAGAUGGCUUCCAGGAAACCUGACACCCAGGCAGAAGAUCUGCUUCAAUCCCUUCUCUUUCGGGCCCAGAGCCUGCGUUGGACAAAAUGUCGCGCACAUGGAGCUGGCGCUGAUUGUGGGGACUGCGUUCCAUCGGUAUGAGUUCGAGCUGUAUCAGCAGGUGCUGGAAUCGCACGAGGGUUUUUCGAAGAAGCCAGACGAAUGCUGGCUUGGCAUUCGUAAGAGAGCAACGCAAGUAUAA